UUUGCAAUUUGCUUGUUAUUUGUGAGAUUGGAUUUUUAAAGAUUAAAUACAAGUUUUGUCGUUCUAGUUGAACGUUAAAUUUCGUAGUACCUAUUCAAUAAUUUUAUCUGUAGGUAGUAAGUCGAAAUGACUUCUACGGUUUUACGUGUUAAGCGAAGACUCGAGGAUAACCCUCAAGAUGCUUUGGUACUUGUUUGCAAGAGAAAAAGAACUGAUGUUGAUGAGGUUUCGCCUUCGUUGUUUGUAUUUCGAGGAAGUGUAAAUAAUCAGGAAACAGGGAAUCUAAAAGAUAUAGUUCCUUCAACCAUCAAAAAGCCCGGGACUUCCAAUGUAACAGAAAUAAUAAGUAAAAUCCGCAAAGAGAAAAGACAAAAAUCUGCUGAAAACCGAUACAAAAUUGUAACUUGCAGUAGAGGCCUGAAAGAGGAAAACGCUGAUGCUGAGAAUAUAUUUGAUUUGGUUGAUUUAGAAAGAAAAUAUGAUGAUGAUGUAGAUGAAAAAUAUAUUUACGACCUAUACACAUCGGCUAAGGAAGACUUUGACAUAUCAAUGUUGGAUGAUUUGGUCUGCAUUGAAAAUUAUGAAACCGAUUUAAUAUUCGGAUCAUACAGAGACAACGGCCUGGAACCAUCUGAUGAGGAGGAUGAUGAGGAUUCCAAUGCUGAGAAUGACUAUAGAAAUGAGUAUCCUGAUACAGAUAACAGCAGUAUCAAUGAGGAAGACAUGAUUAGGGCUAUGGAGAGAGUAGAUCUAGAUGAAUUGUCCAGUGACACAGGAGAAGACAAAAUAUAUGAUGAACCACCGGAUCUGUUCAACGAAGAUGUGAAACGUUACGGUGAAGCCUAUGCCAAAUACAAGGCCAGGGUGAUGAAGGAACAGCCCGAUUUAGUAGACACCAAAGGCUUAGUACACUGUGCAAAGAUAAAAGAGUUGGAUGGCGGCUACAAAGAUGAUAGCGAUGAUGGAUUCUAUUACGGCCAAGAGGAAGAUACAGAACAUUACAGAGAGCAGUACAAGCAUAGCUUAUCAGAUGAGUAUGAAACAGAUUAAAAUAGAGGCGCAUAGGAAAAAUUUAACAGUAUGCAAAUUAUAAUUGCAGUUGAUAAAAAACACUAUGCAAUAAAUUUACAGCGGCAGUUCCUGAGUGCAACACAUUUUAUUGUUUGAGGGAAUUUUUCCUGUUUUUCGGACAACGACCAAACAUUGUAUCCAGGAAUAUGCAUUAUACAAUACUUUUAUACGUAAAAGUGAUUUCAUAAUGUUCCAAUGUUCAUAUCACAUGAGUCAUUAAAUAAACAUCAAUACUAGUAAAAUCCAAAUUUUUCAAAAAAUUUUGACAUUUUUUAUGCCUGGCCCUA